AUGUGUGAUUAGAAGUGAUCCAACCAUCAUGGCGCACUAUAAUUAUGCGCAAUGACGCCUAUAAUUUAUUUGCAUUCAACCAGAUGGUUUUCUGACGUGAUUCCUCCGGUUUAUGCUGCACAAUCAUCAGCUUUUAGCUUCACAAUAUCAGGUCAACAUGUACUUUAACAAGAUUAUUCUUUGCUUUGUGGGAAAUUGUGGAUUUCUCUGAACUCCACGUUUCUUUUUGACGCACAGAGCGGUUUCCAUUAUGUUUCCCGAAGAGAAUGGUGUUGCUGCAAAGCUUUCAAUUAAAUAUUCCAGUGAUGGUUCUCAAUUUUCUUCCUUUUUUUCUGUGUGCUUCAGGGCAAGUAGGCUGGAGAGGAGUUUCCGCUUCAGCCAGGGAGCCAAUGGAGUCUCUCCUAUGAGCUCACAUGAGUUUCUCCGGACAGUUUUUAAUGACUGAUAUUGAUGUAUGGUAAUUCCUUAGCUCGAUCACAUGACACAAUUACCUCAAGAAUCGAUCAAGAUGUAUUGCAGGUCUGCCUGCGUUUCCUAUUUUUUUCUCCCUCGCUGGGUCUUUCCACACGCGCGCCGUGCUAUAGAUGGACAAAGUUUAACACCGUAGAGCUGCCAAUUCCUCUCUUGCAAAGAGGAAAAGGGGGAGAAGAGAUAUGACGGAAUACGAUGAUCGCAGCUGUGCGUCAAAUAUGUUCCUACCCAGCUGCACUUAUUACGUUUCGACGCCCGAUUUUACAUCCGUCUCCUCUUUUUUACCACAGACUACUUCGUGUCAGAUUAAUUUCCCGUAUUCUCCCAACAUAGCUCAAGUCCAGCCGGUUCGAGAGGUCGGUUUCAGGGAUUAUGGAUUGGAGCAUCCCAAAUGGCGCUACAGGAGCAAUUACGCGUCCUACUAUUCAACGGACGAGAUUAUGCACCGUGACCUGAUUCAGUCCUCGAGCGGCAGGGCGGAUGUGAUCUUCAAAAACGAGUCCUUGUAUGGACACCACGGGGGGACGAGCUCGCCUUGUAAUUUCUUCACAAACGUCGGGCGAAACGGGGUUCUCCCCCAAGGCUUCGACCAAUUUUUUGAAGCCACAAACUCAGACAAAACAGGCGCGGAGCUCGCCAAACAAAAGACUGACUCUGCUUCUUCUUCCGGUGAUGCUGCGAACAACAGCCAGGAUUUAACCAAGAUAGAGAACACAGAGGCGAGCGGCAGUGUCGACGAGGACUCAUCAUCCAACUGCAACAGCAGCAAACAGAGUUCAUCAACCAAGUCCAGGAAGAAGAGGUGUCCUUAUUCCAAAUACCAAAUCCGAGAACUUGAACGAGAGUUUUUCUUCAACGUGUACAUUAACAGAGAGAAGCGGCUUCAGCUCUCCAGGAUGUUGAACCUGACUGAUCGCCAAGUCAAGAUUUGGUUUCAGAACAGAAGGAUGAAGGAGAAAAAGCUGAACCGCGACCGGCUGCAGUAUUUCACUGGAAAUCCUUUAUUCUGAAAUCUGAUUUACACAAACCCCCCAAACCCCCCCCCCCCCCCCCCCCCACACACACACACACACACGGACGGAGGUGAAACGUAUUGGUGCAUUUAGUUUUAAGAAAAUAUACUAAAUCAAAUCUGAGUUUUUUCAAUAAUCCCUGCAUUUCGUUAAUCGUGCAUUUUAGCAAAUAUUUCAGCAUUUGUGCUUUCAAAAUAUUUAUGUGACUCAUUUACGCUCAUUUCUUGUGCAUUUGUAAUACGCGUUACUGUACCUUAUUGUGCGAAAACCACCCAGACAUUUUUUCCUUCAGAAAUGGCAAAAUGUUGGCGCUCGGAGCCUUGUUUGGUCCUGUUGUUUCCUUUGCUUUGUAACACGGAAUUGUUUACUAAACCUUGAACCGUCUAGACAGUACAAUAAAAGUGCUGUAAACGUCUAUAUAGGGGCUAUUGGACUUUGGUGUGACAACCCCCAAGACCACAUGAGGAGCCGAUCUCCUUCCUGUCUUAAACGGCCUUAACUUCAAUACUGAACCGGUCCUGUUUUAAAAUUCAUUUUUUGAGAUUUGUUCGUGCACCGUUUUUACUGUUUCACACUUUAAGAUAUUCCAAAAAAUUAAUCCCAAUCUGGAAAAAAAAAAUGAAAUUGAUCAAGUUUAUCUUCUUUUCAAAAUUCAAGUCCAGCGCAAAAAUAAGUAAAAGAAAAAAACCUAAAUAUGUGUAAUUGCAGCUGAAACUGUUUCUGAAAGUCAAAUUUCAUGCUUACUAAAAUAAGUGUUUUUUUUAAUUAUUAUUUAUCUCUCAUCCUGCAAAAUCUGCUAGUUAGUCUUGCAGUAAUUCGGUUGAUAUCGGAUGUCAGAUUUCAGGUUUUCCAAAUUUCCAAGUUAUAUUUGCGUUUUAAAGUGUUUGGAAGCUCUGUAGAGGCGUUUAUGAAAGUCUUUUGCAGUGGAACACAUUCACUUGUUUGUCAAAAAUCAAAUCACUGAGCUGUCAGAAGACGUUUGGUUGUCAUCUCGCCCUGGAUCAAAACAGCCUCAGUGACCAUUCCCAUCGUGUCCACACGGGGGCGGUCUUUCAAUUUAAACUGUGAGCAAUCGAGAUGAACCAAACGAUAAUCUGAGAAACAAUAAAAUGAUUAAUCUUCACAUCUAUUUUCCUUAAUCACAACAUUAAAAUAGAUUAUUUAAUUUUUUUUGUUUUUACUUUUUCAUUUUCACCUGUUAGAAAUAAUGCAAUAUAAAAAUAUAGCAUUUCAGGCUUCAUUUCCACUGAAAAACAUAAAACACGCACAUAUUGACUGCAAUUCAAUUUAUGAUUUAUUGUCUUCUAAAUUGCAAUAGCCUUAUGGACCUUCUACUAGAAAAGGAUUAAUACAAAUUGGAUUAUAUCUUCUCUUUGUCUCAAAGCUGGAAAUCCCUGCGGGAUGAAAAAAACAAAAAAAAACAUUGUUGUUAUUUUAAAUAAGCUGCUACAAACUGAAACAAAAGUUUAUUUACUUAAACCAAAAAGGUACCAUUUUGUGUAUGUUGUUAUAUGCUAUAAUUGUUAUAUUUGUUUGAAUAAUUGUUCAUUAUUCUUAAUAAUUGAAAUUCAAAAUAAUGUUAUUACAGCAAUAACGUGUGAGAAUUUCAACGUUUCUGUCUUUCAAGCCAUAUUAUUUUGAAUGUAUGAUUUGUCACGUUUCCAUGACUUGUACAGUCGACUGUAUGCUGCAUUAAGGCUUGUGUUUUCACAGUAUAAUAAAAAUGUAAUGUUCUCUUUGUAAAGACGAGGCCAUUAAACAUUUUCAGUCGUCA